AUGGAUUCCGUCAAGAAGGCACUCAACAAGGGCUUUGAUAAGGCUACUAACGUUAACAACGAGCCCCAAGUCCUCAACAAGUCCUCCCACGCCCUCAACACAACCUCCAUCUCAGACCGCCAUUCCUCCCUGACGGGUGGCAUCGAUCACCACCUGGAGAAGCCGCAAGAUCCCAGCCGAAGCGCGGGUGCUUUGGGCACGACGGCGACGGGUGUGAGCACUGGUACGCAUCCUAGGCAGCAUUAA